GUGCUCACUUCUGUCCCUCUGCAGCCUGGGAUCUACAGACAGAGAGCCACUGAGAGAAGAAGGUUUGUAGCAUGUCUGGACCAAAACCACAAGUGGUCUAUUCGAUUCCAACUUACACCCUGACCCGGCUUGCACGAGAGUGGCUGGCAGAGGACACUCCAAACUUUGACCCGGCAGGAGUCUGCGUGGGAUCAGAGGAAGUGGAGGCAAAGUUGCUGUGUAAAACUCCACACACCGUGCUGGCAGGAAGCCCUUUCUUCACAGCAGUGUUCACUGAGGUCGGCUGUACCGUGGACUGGAUAUACCAGGAAGGAGCGGUGAUCGGUCCAGAUGCUGUCACUGUGACCGCCGUGGUGAGAGGCCCAGCGAGAUGCCUCCUCCUCGGGGAGCGCCCUGCUCUAAACUGCCUGAGUCGUGCCUCGGGGAUCGCCACCCGCUGCUCUCAGCUCAAAUUGAUGGCAAAGUCUGCGGGCUGGCACGGAGAAGUGGCUGGCACCCGUAAGACCACCCCGGGCUUUAGGCUGGUGGAGAAGUACGCCAUGCUGGUGGGCGGCACAUCCAUGCACAGACAGGACCUGAGCGGGAUGGUGAUGCUGAAGGACAACCACGUCUGGGCAUCAGGGAACAUCACAGAGGCCGUGAAAGUGGCGCGCUCAGUGUGUGGCUUCAGCAGUAAGAUUGAGGUUGAGUGCUGCUCCACAGCGGAGGGAAGAGAGGCAGCCACAGCCGGAGCAGACAUCGUCAUGUUGGACAACUUUCAGCCACAGGAGCUUCAUGUUGCAGCUAGAGACCUGAAGAACGAGUUCCCAUCUCUUCAGAUAGAAGCUAGCGGAGGAGUCACUCCUGAAAACUUAGCUGCAUAUUUCUCCUCACAUGUAGACAUUAUUUCGCUGGGUUGCAUUACUCAGGGAUGCCCAGUUUCAGAUUUCUCUCUGAAAGUUCAAAAGCCAGGUACAAGGAAGUGAUUACUAAACUAACUGUUUUCAAAUUGAUGCAAAAAUAACCAACAACAUCAAAAAUAAAACACUUGAACUUUUUGACUUUUGCAAAGUUACAACUACAAAUGUUCAUGUACUUUAUGUGACACCACAAAGCAACACAUAAUUGAGUAGUGGUACUUCAGUAACAUCAGUGCAAACAGUGAAUCAUGGUGGUGGCAGCAUUAUGGGGUGGGGAUACUUUUCAAAGCAACAUUUUUGGCCAUUCUGGGAGAAAAAAAAUACAGUUUAGCCUUUCAAAAAUGGUGGGAAAAUAGAUUAUUUCACUGGUAAAUUAUUAUUUAACAUAAAUAGAUUCAUGUGAGCAUAUAAUUCAGCAGAGCACUGUAAAUAAAACAAAACUCUUUUGUUUAUGUUGUGGAAAAGUUGCAGAGGUUGGAUGUUGAUUAAUCACAUCUUGUUUGUCAUUUCAAAAGAAGAAUAGAAACUGGAUUUCUGAAAUACUUCAGCAGAGGAACUGCAAUCACAAGUUUAAACAGAACGAAGAUGAGAAAAAAAAGAAGCAACAAUUAAACUAAGAUAAGUGUUUACCAGUACAAAACAGUGGAUUGGGUUUUGCAGACAGGUGUUUCAGGGCUGUAUUUAUUGUUUAUCUGUUUUUCUUUCUGGAUUUCUGUAAGUUGUCUAAGCCUGUUUGAGUGUCACUUGAGUCUCAAAAAGCUUCACACACUUGUGUUUUAUCUGUA